AUGAUGUCAUCGUAUCGUAAUGUCGGUGACAACUUUCAUGGUAACAACAAAUUUGUAAACGACAGCAUCAGCAGCAGCAACAACAACAACAACAAUAAUAAUAAUUCAAUAAGAAUGUCAAGGUCACGUAGAAAAAUCCAAAAAUAUCGCAAAAAGCGUGACCAACUGGAAGAUGAACUGGUGAUGAAAACAAAAUCUCUCUCCUCAACGACAUCAACGCAGCCUCCUGCAUCUUCACUAAACAAUUACAACUUCAAAAACACUAACAACCCCAACAAUGACAAAUCAAAACAGCGUAGCUACUCCAUCUGCUGCGACUUGGACCAGCUGCACAUCACAGGCAUCGUCCUGGGGACUGUUCGAAUGUGGGAAGAAAGGUCGAGGUCGUUCGAUGCCUCUCAAGGUCGCUCGAGGGGAGGUCUUAGUAAGAUGGCUACCGGCAGACGGAGUGGAGGAAAAAAUUAUAGUUACGAUAAUUAUGGAAAUUAUAAAAAUUAUAGUGACAAAGAGGAUGUGAAUUAUGCAUUGAAGAAAGCUGAGAAGGAAAGGGUGGUGGAUAGGAUGGAUGGAGGCAAUCUGGCUUACAGGAGAAACAACAGUGCAAAUGAUAUUACCCUGGUUGCUCGUAGAUACAACAAAAACAAAAAUAAUAAUAAUAUUAACAUUAAUAAUAAUUUUAAGAAGAAAUAUUAUUAUAGUUCGACGAAUGAUGAUGAAUGUGAGGAUGACGAUGAUGAGGAUCGUUUAUCAUCCAUAUCAACUUCAUCUAAUUAUUUCAGAGGCUCUAAGAUGCAGUACCUCAACAAGAUAAAUAAUAAAUAUAAUAAUAAUAAUAAUAAUUAUUAUUAUUAUUAUAAUAAUAUGAAAUAUAAAACGAAUGAUUAUAGUAGCAAGUUGCACAGUGACAAUGAUAGAAAUGGAAAGGCGGAAAAAUUGAGCACCCACGAAAUGCUUUUCAAUAGAAAUAACGCAAAGGAUGUUAAUCGUGCAAAGCCAUUAUCAUAUCUUAACAACAACAUGAUAAAUAACUUAUACAACAACAACAACAACGAUGAUACUGCUCCUAGUAAUGCUGGUAAUUUUAAAACGGCUGGUUCGCCGAUGACAUCAACGCCAUUCACAACAAUAUCGUCAUCCUUGGCAUCGAGUUUCUUCAAGAAUACUCAAACUGGGCCAAUCGGUGGAGUUAGGUCCUCCUCUGAUUGGCUACAACAAUCUAAAAGUAAAUUCAAUCAAUAUCGGAGUCGUAAUCCUAGUAAAAGCAUUAACAGUAGCAAUGAAGCACUCAAAAAUAACAUUAACAGCAAUAACGACGUGAACAAAAACACUGACUUCAACAAUCACGAGGUUGUUUAUAAUGUGGAUAACUUGAUUGACGUUUGCCUGGACGAUAUUCUUCUAGAUAAUCUCAAGAUUAAAAGUAAACCUAAUCGAUCGAGUCCCAGCAAAUCACCUGAGUUUUCCAAAGAAAACAAUAAAAACCCGUCUGUCAACAGCCUCAUUGAAAACCACGCAAAUAACACUAAUAACAUUAACAACGGUUUUAGCAAUGUUGUCAGCAGCGUUAACGAUAGCAAUAACGUUAAUGAUGCUACAAUUUCGUCAUCAGCUUACGGGGUUAUUUCUUGUGCUGCCAUCAAUGCUAGAGAAGAUAAUUCCUUUUAUAAGAAUAUAAAUUUCAAUAACAUCAAAAGCAAUAAUAAUUUUCAUAAUGUAAAUGAUAAUGUUGAUAAUGUAGAUGAUAAUAAUGUCACUGAUAACAAUGUUAAUGAUGAAAAUAUUUAUGCUAAAGAUACGAGCACUGAAUUAAAAAAUACUCAAGCCUCCAGCAUUUAUCAUGAUAGGUCCAAAAGGAAUAGCAGGGUGGAUGUAGCAACGUCAUCAUCGUCUUCGUCAUCACCGCCAACAUCGUCCACACUUCUCAAGGAGAUGAAGGUUGAAAACGAAAUCCUCAACAAACGAAUUGUCGAUCUUGAGUUGGAAAGAAACAAGUUAAAGACUGAAGUUCUCGAAAAUUCAAACAAUACAAAACUUAAAAAUCUUGAAAAUCUUGAGUUAUUGCAAAAAAUUGAUUGUGUUAAAAACGAUUUGAUGAAAUCAGAGAAACUCAUUGCAAAGCUGAGAGCAGAGUCUGACGAAUAUUUGAAAAAUAUUGGCGAUAAAAAUGAAGUGAUAGCAAAACUGCAGAUGAAGAUAAGAGAAUCAUCAAACGUGUUCAAUGACAAAUAUUACAAUGAUUUAAAGUUUGAACGGGAUUCACUUUUACUCAAGGUAGAUGGCAUGCAAAAAGUUUUGAAUGGUCAGGAGAGUGAACUGGAUAGUGGGAAAAAGUUGAACACAAAAUGUGAAGCAGAAAACAGUUGGCUUAAAAGUGAGUUAGAUCGAAAAAGUGAAACGAUUCUAAACUUGCACGAUGAUGUCUUGCACUUGAGGAACGAACUGAACAAAGUCACCACAGCUCUCAAUGAAAAGGACACAAAAAUUUGCCUUCUCUCUGCCGAUCUGAACAAAUUUGAAACUGAUUUCAAUAAACUCUCAAAAGAAAGUGAGUCUCAGUUACUGAACAGUAAAAAGCUAUUUGAACAAAAUAAAUUUCUUGAAAAAGAUGUUUCCAUGAAAAAUGGUGAAUUAGCCAAGUUGCAAGGUGAUCUCUCUGCUUUGAAGUCUGAAAAUGAUGAACUGAAUGCACGUCUUGAGUUUAAUUUGGAAGAUAGAGGUUAUAUUGCUGAAGAGUUGGAAGCAGUCAAACAGGAAAAUGCAAAGCUGAAGCAACAACUCGAAGAGCAACAAUCACUUAAUGCCCAGAUGAAAAGCACUGCUGCCAACACAACCAACAACUACAACAACGAAACCGCAUCCAGUGAGUCGAAGGAAAGAUGUAGUGAGUUGGAGCAGGAGCUUUUGGAAGCCAAGCAGUACUGCAGUACACUCAUUAAUCAGAUUGAAACUUUUCAAUCAACCAUCUCUGAAUUGAAUUCGGAUUACAAAAAGUUGAAGAUGCAGUUGCAGUGUGAGAUAGGUGGGCUCACGGAUCAGGUGAAAUCUCUAGAGAAAGAAAAAGCUCAAAUGCACGAAAAGUUAAGAAAAGUUUCUGAAGAGAAUGUUCAGCUGGUUGGCAGUGCUAAGCAAGAUGAACAAAUUAUUUUGAGUAGGGAUAAAUUAAUCAGAGAUUAUGAGAAACAAAUUGCUGACUUUAAGAAGAGUCUUGGAGAGAAAAAACCAGAGACAAUCAUUAAAGAUACUUCAAGCACUCUAGCAAAUAAAAACAAUGAUAUCGAAAAGCAGCAUGCAAACAGCGCUCUCAACAGCAACAACAACAACAACAGCAACAACAGUGUUGCCCAACUACAAUCCACCAUACAGAAUCUAAAACGACAGAUCAGAAAUCUGGAGAUCGGUCUGGAGGAAGCAAAAACUUCAAACUCUGAACUGAAUAAAAAAAUUCAGUUCGAAGUUAAGAAAAGUAACAGGCUGCUACUGGAGAAGAGAGAGAUGAGGCUUAAAAUGGAGGGUUAUGAUAAUAAUAAUUAUAAUAUUAAUAAUAGUGAGGAAAGUGACGGAGAUGAGAGUGUUUAUGUCAAAGUUGAACCACUGGGUGGUGUCAAGAACGAGAAAUUAACUGAGAGUUAUGUUACCGUUGAUAAUAGUAGUCUGAAAAAUAAGGAUGAUGAAAUUGAAGAGCUGAAACACAAAAUUUCUCAGUUGGAAGAGCAACUAUUAAAUGCUCAAACGAAUCACGAGCAAGAACUGUCGGAGCAGAGAGCCAAUCACAGGAGAGAACUCAGCAGCAGGAUUGAUGAGAUGAUGAAGAGACUGACAGACGUCGAGGUAAUGAACCUGCCCGUGGAUGAAGAUGUCGUCAGAAAGAAGUACAUGAAGGAUGUCAAUCGGAUUAAAGAAAUGUACGACAGAGGAUUCAACACCCUGGAAAAAUCUCAGCAGCAGACGAUAGCUGAUCUGAAAAGGAAACAAAUUGUUGAACUUGAGAAGAUGCGACAGGAAAAGGAACUGCUUCUUAAGGAGGAAGCUGCUGCAACCCAAGCUGGCUAG